ACAUGUACAUGUACAUAGAAGUCAAUGUACAGAAUACACGUACACAUGUACACCCGGUCACGUUUGCGUCACUGUCAUCUGAGAAAUAACGAAAUUUGGACGUUAUCCUGCGUCACUUCAGUGAACAGUACUCUUUUCGAAAACCAGAAUAUUGGAAGCAAGUACAACAAUGGAAAGGAGGGAGUUAACAUAUAACAAAAGCCCACAGAACAUCCAAGAACUGAUCGAAAGUCUUCACGUUCUUUUCUCGGAGGAGAAAGUAAACAUCGAAGAGGUGCAAGAAGUUAUGGAACGAUACGACAGCCGCGAAGAGGAGUGGGAUUGCUUUGCGCAUUACGAUGAACAUAGGUAUACCAGAAAUUUGGUUGACCAGGGCAAUGGCAAGUUUAAUCUCAUGGUCCUGUGCUGGGGAGAAGGCAUGGGAAGCUCCAUUCACAGCCAUGCAGACUCACAUUGUUUCAUGAAAGUCCUGGACGGUUCUCUGAGGGAGACACUGUUCAACUGGCCGUCCCAGUCUGAAAGAAGGUGUGAGAUGCAACCUCGCAUGGUCAACGACUAUGGAAGAAAUCAGGUGGCGUAUAUCAAUGAUAGCCACGGACUGCACCGAGUUGAGAAUGUGAGCCACACAGACACUGCCUGCAGUCUCCACCUCUACUCGCCACCGUUUGACAGCUGUUUCUCCUUUGAUCAACGGACAGGCAAAAAACAUGUGGCCAAGGUGACAUUUUGGAGCAAGUUUGGGGAGCGCACACCUCUGACCACUGGUGGUUGCUCAGCUGUAAUGGAGCCAGAAGACAAUUAAUUUGAUGUCACAGCAACGAGUUUUCUUCUAGCAUGAGAACAACGUUAUCCGUGAAUUCCAUUAUAAAAUGUUUAAUCUUCAAAAAGGUCAUUUCGGAGGAAAACUAACAUUCAUAUAAGAUACUAAGGUCAAAGGUAAAAUGUGAACAUAUGAACGAUAAUUGUUGUAACUCAAUGUUGUGCAUGCUGCUCACCUAUAUGUAUGUGUAUUUACACUGAUAUUAGGGAUCUACAUUUUACUGAUCACAACAAAAGCACAGAUAUCUUAAUGUUGAGGAAUAUCCUUAAUGAUUACAUAAACAUUGUAACUAUAUAGGCACGUAUACAACAUUUUUUGGCAUCUCAUUCGCAACUGGCUGCAGUCAGGAUUAGCAUGUGUCUAUGGGAAAUGGCUACAGCUGCCUUUGCCUUCCAUUGGUGCACAUGUUAUUUCCAGCCGCAGCCACAACGUUUGGAUGCAGCCAUUGAAAGUAGCACUUCUCAAAGUUUACGUAGGUGCACAAGACUUGAUUAAAACUGAAGUAACAAAAAACAGUCUGUUAACAUGUUAAAUGAAACUUGGUCCUUGACAUUUCAUUUUGAGUAAAACAGCCGUCAACAUUAUAGUAAUGAUAGAGGCAGAGAUUUAGUUGGAAGCCUUACCUAAAAAGGUUAUGGAGAAGGUUAAGGGCAGAAUUGCACCGUGCGAGUAAGUGAAAGUGUACUCUAGAUCGGCCAGAUUGAUCUCAAUCAACUCCUGCAUCGUGUGGUCAUUCCAAGAUAGCAGAAAGGUUAAAGUUUAUCAUUCAUACUGCGCGCAUGUAGAGAACACCACACACGAACCCAACCGGUAAGACUUCAGUCAUCUUACUCUUGGCUGUAUAGUCUGGUGGGGCUGUCCAAACCUACCCACUGCGUUGAAGGUUGACACAGGGUGUUUAGAGCAACGAAUUAUCGAAAGGGUUGGAGAGGGCCAAUGGCAAGAGGGUUGAUGACUUGCACGCAUGCACAUUUACCAGAAAUACAGUGUAUACAUGUAGCCUCGCUAAAAUUUAAUCCAUUAUGUGCAAUUGAUGUGCAAUUCCCUGGCAUGAUGCUAUUCAAAGGCUUGCACAUUUUGUGAAAUGUGAUAGACUCGCUUACCAGUUAUUGCUGGCCUGAAAUACACUGGAUCUGUGUGGAGAUCUGUUUUGAGCAAACAAAAAAAAUCCCAAAUGUUCUAUUUCAGCAAGCCCAUUUUGAUAAAAGCUGCAACAGUUGCAUUUGUGCCUAUUCCAAAUUUUGAAUUUAUUUUUAAAUGGAAAAAAGUGCAUUGCUCGUCUUCAUGCAAUUUUACUGGACAAUGGUGUACACACAUAGUGGAUUUUUUUUGUAUAUGUGUAUAUAAGAGUGUUGAUGGGGUUUUGUCAUUGAAGAAAUGAUUACCAUUAAGUGAGUAAGUACAGAUGAUUUGGGAGCAUGUUGUAUGUCUAAUUCGCUUAAGUAUAGAGGUUAUGCGUUAACGCGUCCUCAGAGGGCAAAAGUUUUGUAUCACAGGGAUAGGCUGGAGUAAACCUUUUAUGCAUUCAUUGUAACUAAAUUGAAAUUACAAGAACAGCCUCUGAGAAACCCCGGAGACGCCACCAACGCAUAACCUCUAUUCAUGACCACAUUCAAGAUUUUUUGUUUGAAGAGAGUAGCAGAAUUCCAAUCUGAAGUCUGUAGCAACUGGAAUUUAUUUGUACGGAUACGUUACAGUUUUGUUUAGCAAAGGCCUUCCUACAUUUCGGGCGUGAAAUACCCCUCAGAGUCAGUUUUCAACCAAUCUGUUGACGUACUUGGGUUAAGAAAUGUGGCGCUACCCUGCCAGAUGUUGAUUACGGUUCAGACAUUCUUUUCAGUGGAAUGUUGCCGAUUUGUUCUCUCUCCAAGCAGAACACAAUGGUACUUUGUGUCGGUUCAAGCUGCCUUGAAUUACAAGUUUGAAAUUUUGAAGUUUUGUCGGUUCAUGCCAAAGACUGUAGUGUAGCAUCUUGUUGUGCCGGGAAUUUAUAUUACAAUGUAAAUUAAUGGGGAACCAAACAAGGCUCUAUUUGUAGAUAAUUUUCCCGUUGUAGUGUGAUAAAUUAAGGAAUGACAGGUGCCGGUAUUAACGGUCAUUUUCAGUUCUUGCCGAGUAGUUAAAAUCAAGGAACCUGAAAUCUGGACUUUUAUUACAGGACCCUUGAUAUUUACAGGACCUCAUACGAUGAAACACAAAAGUAGAAAUGAGCACAUGGUUAAUGUUCAAAAUAGAGGAUAUGAUCCUCAGCCUAAGCUAGUUGCACGUUGUUGACUUUGUGGAUUAGCUGUAUUUGUCAGCCACGGCCACCUCUGAAGGUUUUUAAUAGUGGGGUUCAUUUGUCAGAAAUUUUCAUGUUCAACACAUCUGUUUACACUGAAGGAGCGCAUACCAGGGCAGUCCUCUCCAAAUGUGUCCGUUCACUGGCCUUAACCAAGGGACAAGUUGAGGUCACAACCAUAGUUGCAUGUAACUAUGGUUUGACCAUCAUCUGAACAGUGGGUGGUUUCAAGCAUUCAGUAGACCAUUUGGAACCAGCCUUUUGGGCAUGAUUGCACUGUGGGAUGUUGAUUAUCAGAUUUGAUGUAUCAGCAUGGAGGGAAUCAUUCACACAUCAUUGACCAGCAAGCAGCAAAAUAUUGUGACCAUGAAGUUUUGCAAAAGAGUUCAACUAGCAUUGGUCAUUCAAAUGGAGCCCUAUUGCACGUCUGUAUUGUAAAGGUGUUGAAUAGUGGUCCAACUAUAGUUUGUGCUAAUCUAACCUUUCCAAGGCCACUGGACCAUUCAAACUGGAAAAGGGGCAGCAUUCCAUUAGCUUUGACCAAGGCAAGUGAACUGGUAAAAGAAAUGUACAGAAACAUGGGUGUCGGGGAGGGGGGGCUGAUAAAGUAGUUGGCAAGAGCACACUGGCAAACCAUGAGUAAUGAAAUGAGAGGGCACUUCCGAGGUAUUUUUUUUUUCCAUGCAAGCUGGUGAUUUUUAUCAAUUUCCUAUGUUUUUCAUUCCUUUUCCUCUUCUGAUUUUGUGAUUUUUUUUUACCUUUCCUACCCUCUGCCUUUGUGACCCUCAUGCAAUAGGCUUAAGUCUCUGGAUUGACCAAUAGGCUCUAGGCUUUUGAAAUGGGUGGCAAGAAACUGUAAAUUUGAUAGUUGUGGUCCACUGGAUUUGGCCGCACUUUCAAUACCUGCCUUGCAUCAUUGUAAAUGAGGGUAAAGUGUCCCUUAUCCAGAUCAAUGUUUAACCUCAUUGCAGAGUAGAUACCUGUCUACUAAAGAAAAGUUUAUUUUUAACACUUAAACUCAGAAAUUGCAAAAAAGCAAACUUAUUUAGCUGUAAUGGAUAUUCCCCAUUGAUAGUCAUUGAAAUAUGGUAAUUUUCUUGUUUUUUUCCCCGACUUCUCUGUUGUUUACCAUAUUAGAGGAGUCUUCAGCAUUUGAGAGGGUUGUUUUAACCGUAGGCUGUGCAUUGGUAGAUGUAGUAGACUAGUCAAACAGAUUUCAUAUUAACGAGAAAAAAAGUAGCUGUAGGGUAGAUUUUGUCUGGUAAAUAUGUUGUCUUCGAUGGUCUGGUAGACCAAUUAUAAACAUAUGAUUAUGUUCUCUUCUGUGUCAGGUUCACUGACUGGCAAAGAUGUCUAUCAACACAUUUCUGUUCCAGGAUCAUCACCACCAACAGUUUUGUUUCAUGCCUUGCUGUGGUCGAUGGGAAGUUAGCCAAGUGCAGCUGAGUUUUUCUGCACUUGUAUUGUGUGUGUCGAAAAAUAUCUAUUUGAAAAAGAGGAAUAGGUUGGCCAUUCUACAACUUGUUUGCAUGAAGUAGCAUUGGCAAAAACCAAAGGCCACAGAAUACUUGUAUAUAUGAGCUAAAAUGUAUAAAUUGUAGCACAUGUAGUGAUGUUCAUUUGCGACACAUGACGUACAUUUUUAUUAUCAAUGAAAUUUCCAUGUACAUUUUUCAGGUGGAGGCAGACAAAUUUGUGGUGCAGUCUUCAUGCAAACUUAUUCUUUUUUGCAUGAAAUUAUUGUAGAACUGACAGGAUUUUACUUUGAAUGAUACUUGUAUUGCAAAAUAAACUUUCCAGUAUAAAUUGGCUUUGUA